AGUUCAGAGGUCAAACACGUCACUUCCUUCGGCCAGAGUAGCUCAACGGAUCUCAUUUCUUUUGCUCAGCUAAAAUCACAGAAUGAAGGAGGUGAAGAGCGAACGGGAGCGGGGAAGCCGGCGAAGGCACAGGGACGGGGACAUGGUGGUGGCGGCGGCGGCGGCGGUGGUGGUGAAGCAGGAGCGCCUGAGCCCGGAAGCCGCGCCUCCCACCCACCGCCGUGCGGACUUCUCGGGCGGUAGCCAGUCUCCUCCGGCCGGCGAGCCCGGCCGCCCUGGCCAUCGCGGGAACCGAGCCCGAGGAGUUAGUCGGUCCCCAGCCAAAAAGAAAAACAAGUCCUCAGGGAGAAGAAGCAAGUCUCCUCGAACUAAGAGAAGCCGGAGUCCUCACCACUCAACAGUCAAAGUGAAGCAGGAACGUGAGGAUCAUCCCCGGAGAGGACGAGAGGAUCGCCAGCACCGUGAGCCAUCAGAACAGGAACACAGGAGAGCUAGGAACAGUGACCGAGACAGACACCGGGGCCAUUCCCACCAGAGGAGGAGCUCUGCUGAGAGGCCUGGGAGUGGACAGGCUCAGGGACGGGAUAGAGACAACCAGAACCUGCAGGCUCAGGAGGAAGAGCGAGAGUUUUAUAAUGCCAGACGCCGGGAGCAUCGCCAGAAGAAUGAAGUCAGUGGCGGUGGUAAUGAGGCUCAAGAGGUGGCUCCUCGACCUGGUGGCAACAGUAAAAACAAAGAGGUGCCUGCUAAAGAAAAGCCAAGCUUCGAACUUUCCGGGGCACUUCUUGAGGACACCAACACUUUCCGGGGUGUAGUCAUUAAAUACAGUGAACCCCCAGAAGCACGUAUCCCCAAAAAACGCUGGCGUCUCUACCCCUUUAAAAAUGAUGAGGUACUUCCAGUCAUGUACAUCCAUCGACAAAGUGCUUACCUUUUGGGUCGACACCGCCGCAUCGCAGACAUCCCCAUUGAUCAUCCCUCUUGUUCAAAGCAGCAUGCGGUCUUUCAGUAUCGGCUUGUGGAAUAUACCCGUGCUGAUGGUACAGUUGGCCGGAGGGUGAAGCCCUACAUCAUUGACCUUGGCUCAGGCAAUGGAACCUUCUUGAACAACAAACGUAUUGAGCCACAGAGAUACUACGAACUGAAAGAAAAGGAUGUACUUAAAUUUGGGUUCAGUAGCAGAGAGUAUGUAUUGCUCCAUGAGUCAUCGGAUACCUCUGAACUAGACAGGAAGGAAGAUGAGGAUGACGAGGAAGAAGAGGAAGCAGUGUCUGACAGCUAGCAGACUAAGAAAUAACCCCAACUAUUAAGACACCUUUUCCUUCUUGGAAGGCUUUGGGAUUGACUCAAAGAGCACGGUGGUGCUCUCUGUAAUGCCUCUUAUUGCCUUAAGUCUGUCCUCUGUUGCUGACCAGCUUAUGUUAGUUUAAGAACACUGACUUAUAUUUUGUUGAACUUUGUUCUGUGGCACAUCAGCCACAUGCCUGUGAGCAUUUAUUUUCAGAACAGUCUUACCAAUUACAGCACCUCGUGUUUGUGUAGAAGCAUUGUGGCUUUAGUUGGUGCUUUCAGAACUGCUGCCUAUGAAACUAAACCCUUGCUUAAAGGGGAGCCAUGGCUUGUUCUCUUUGUACAGUUUAUUUAUAUAGUUGUUACGCUUUGUGGACCAGGAGUUUUUAUUUUGGGGGCAAAUCCCGGAGCAGAGAAUCUUACUAAGCUUUGGUUGUCACCAAAACAGCCUCCAACAUAUACCAAAGCUUUGACUUGGCUUGAGCUCUUGAGUCAUAGAAGUUAAUU